AGGGACUUGCCAAGCCCUACAAUGUUGCGCGUGGCUGCCGUGACAUUGUCGCUGCUGGCGACGCUGACAUCAGCAGAAAUCUACGGCGGGUUUCUCUCUUCCUGCCCGGCCGGCGCUGGUGUCACCGACCCAUACGUGAUGACCCAACAAUUCUGGAAAGACUAUGUCCCCACGUUAAUGAAACUGGUCGCCUACGACGGUACCUCUGAAGACGAUAAAAUGAGGUGUCAGAAAUUUGGCCUAUUCUUGAUGAACUAUAGGAACAUCACUAUAGGGCUCACGGGUCAAAAUGCAACGGGAGGCGCAUUCACGUAUGGUGGAAAAGGCGUGUCUUCUUCAAUCGACGGCUUCUUUCAGCUGGGGCCAUCUCCUCCAUCCGAAUCCUUCCCGUCUUUGUUCUUGGGGUCACCGUCGACGGGCUCAACACGUGUCUACCUCGCGUACGUCUCGCCUACGGAGAUCGUCAUCAGGACCUGCCGUGGAGUGUUUUUAAACACACUCCAUUCGCUGUACGUGUUCAGCAAUCAGAUGGAUGACCUUGGAACUUUGGACUCAACAUGCUUGCUGAACACCGUGAAGUCUCUGCCCAACAACGGCGGCUUCAAACUCAAGCCAGCCAAUCAGACCGCCUGCAAGUGAACUGCCGUUACCGUCACCGCAGCCAAAACUGGGCUGUAGAUACGGUGCUUUUUCGUUGAACUAUCAACAACAAUUGGCGAAAAGAAAUUGUUUUAUUUAACCGGAGCUAAAAAGUUUAAAACAGGUAACAUAAUCAAAUAUCCUCCUACUAUCAAACAUUUGUAAUUCAAUGAAUCAUUGUGGGUUAUACACCUUACAAUUGAUAUCUACUUCUUAUUGAAUUUUACCGCGCGACAUAACAUAAGUUAACUAAAUUGGAGAAGUGAAUGGUUGAUAUAAUUUGAAUGAGGCCGCUCUCAAAUUUUCGAACGGACCUAUGUAAGGCAGUCGCCUGAUUGGAGAAUAAACGUUAGACGUGC